AUGGCUUCUCGUGGUCUUCCCCGUGCCCUCCGUCUGGCCCGCGCGGCUGCUCCUCGCUCCGUCGUGACUGCUGCCCUUCCCCGUCCUGCCUUGGCCAAGAUUGUUCCCCGGGCAAUUGCGCCCGUCACUCCCGUCCGUGGUAUUAAGACCAUUGACUUCGCUGGUGUCAAGGAGGAUGUCUACGAGCGUGCCGACUGGCCCCGUGAGAAGCUCCUGGAGUACUUCAAGAACGACACCCUUGCUCUCAUCGGUUAUGGCUCCCAGGGUCACGGCCAGGGUCUCAACAUGCGUGACCAGGGCCUGAACGUCAUUGUUGGUGUCCGCAAGGAUGGUGCUUCCUGGAAGGAGGCCAUCCAGGACGGCUGGGUCCCCGGCAAGAACCUGUUUGAUGUCAACACGGCGAUUGAGAAGGGUACCGUCGUCAUGAACCUCCUCUCCGAUGCCGCCCAGUCCGAGACCUGGCCCGCCAUCAAGCCCCUCAUCACCAAGGGCAAGACCCUCUACUUCUCCCACGGUUUCUCCCCCGUCUUCAAGGACCUCACCAAGGUCGAGGUCCCCAAGGACGUCGAUGUCAUCCUCGUCGCCCCCAAGGGUUCCGGCCGUACCGUCCGCACUCUCUUCCGUGAGGGCCGGGGUAUCAACUCCUCCAUUGCCGUCUACCAGGAUGUCACCGGCAAGGCCAAGGAGCGCGCCAUCGCUCUCGGUGUUGCCGUCGGCUCCGGCUACCUCUACGAGACCACCUUCGAGAAGGAGGUUUACUCCGACCUGUACGGUGAGCGUGGCUGUCUCAUGGGAGGUAUCCACGGUAUGUUCCUUGCUCAGUACGAGGUUCUCCGUGAGCGCGGCCACUCCCCCUCCGAGGCCUUCAACGAGACCGUCGAGGAGGCUACCCAGUCUCUCUACCCCCUCAUCGGUGGUAACGGUAUGGACUGGAUGUACGCCGCUUGCUCCACCACUGCCCGUCGUGGUGCCAUCGACUGGUCCAGCCGCUUCAAGGACAACCUGAAGCCCCUCUUCAACGAGCUCUACGACAGCGUCCGUGACGGUACCGAGACCCAGCGCUCCCUCGACUACAACAGCCAGCCCGACUACCGUGAGAAGUACGAGAAGGAGCUCGAUGAGAUCCGCAACCUCGAGAUCUGGCGUGCCGGCAAGGCUGUCCGCUCCCUCCGCCCCGAGAACCAGAAAUAA